AGUAAUAGCUAGCAAAACCCACACGAAGCGAGAGCUGCAACUACAAGAGCCAGGCAUUCACGUUUUUCAUUCGUCGUCCUCCUUCUUCCUCAACAGUCUGCUCUCCGCCAUUGCUAGUUGCUGCUCCGCAUUUCCCUGGUAACGACAUCUCAGCUCUGCUCUCUCGGAAGUUGCUCGUGAGUGAAGAUGUCUAGGGUUUUGAUGCUUCAGUUGUUGGGGAUGCUGUGGCUCUUCUCAUGGAUGGUGGUCACGGAGGCAGACUCGCCGAUAUACAAAGAUCCGAAGCAACCAGUGGCGGUUCGGAUUAAGGACCUAAUGAGUCGAAUGAAGCUGGAGGAAAAGAUUGGCCAGAUGGCUCAACUUGACAGAUUAUCAGCCACCCCGGAGAUAAUGCGAACCUACUCCAUUGGUAGCGUAUUGAGUGGUGGAGGGAGUACACCACUACCUGAUGCUACAGCUAAGGAUUGGAUUGAUAUGAUAAAUGGAUUUCAGAAGGGAUCUGUGUCCAGUCGUUUAGGAAUUCCUAUGAUCUAUGGUAUUGAUGCCGUCCAUGGACACAACAACGUGUACAAUGCCACAAUAUUCCCUCACAAUGUAGGGCUUGGAGCCACCAGGCAAGUAUGUUUUUCUUAUAUUAGGGACCCAGACUUGGUGAAGAGAAUUGGUGCUGCAACUGCUCUUGAAGCUAGAGCCACAGGGAUUCCAUACGUGUUCGCGCCAUGCAUAGCGGUUUGCAGAGACCCAAGAUGGGGUCGCUGUUAUGAGAGCUACAGCGAGGAUCCCAAAGUUGUGAGAGAAAUGACUGAAAUCAUACCUGGGUUACAAGGAGACAUUCCUUCUAAUUCUCGAAGAGGAGUUCCUUAUGUCAUUCCAAAGAACAAAGUUGCAGCUUGCGCUAAGCAUUUUGUAGGAGAUGGUGGAACAACCAAGGGCGCCAAUGAAAACAAUACGGUAAUAGACAGGCAUGGAUUAUUGAGCAUUCACAUGCCUGCCUAUGUUGAUUCUGUGAUCAAGGGCGUUUCAACAGUCAUGGUAUCUUACUCCAGCUGGAAUGGGGAAAGGAUGCAUGCUAACAGAGAGCUAAUAAUGGGCUUCCUCAAGGGUACCCUUAAGUUUAAGGGUUUUGUUAUCUCAGAUUGGCAAGGUAUAGACAAGCUUACCUCAACCCCACAUGCAAACUACACGUACUCUGUGCAAGCAGGGAUUCUAGCUGGCAUUGAUAUGGUCAUGGUUCCCUACAACCAUACAGAGUUCAUUGAUGAUCUUACUCUCCUAGUAAAGAAAAAUGUCAUUCCAAUGGACCGCAUUGACGAUGCUGUUGAAAGGAUUCUGCUGGUGAAGUUCAAUCUGGGUCUGUUUGAAAACCCUAUGGCUGAUCUGAGCUUUGCCAAUGAACUUGGAAGUCAGGGGCACCGAGAUUUGGCGAGGGAAGCAGUGAGAAAAUCACUUGUGCUGUUGAAGAACGGUAAAAAUGAGACUGAACAGUUGCUACCCCUUCCCAAGAAAGCUUCAAAAAUUUUAGUUGCUGGUACCCAUGCCGAUAAUUUGGGUUAUCAAUGUGGUGGAUGGACGAUUAAUUGGCAAGGAUUCAGUGGGAACAAUGAUACUAGAGGAACCACGAUCCUUGCUGCCAUCAGGGCCACGGUUGAUCCAAUAACAGAUGUUGUCUUCCAAGAGGACCCCAGCAAGCAAUUUGUGGACGAGAGCAACUUCAGUUACGCGAUUGUAGUCGUUGGUGAGCCACCAUAUGCUGAGACUGCAGGAGACAGCAGUGAUCUGACGAUGAAGUUCCCAGGUCCAAGUAUCAUCAGCAAUGUAUGUGGCGGAUCUGUCAAGUGUGUGGUUGUGGUGAUAUCAGGGAGACCCAUUGUGCUUGAGCCGUACGUGAACGCAGUCGACGCUCUGGUGGCAGCUUGGUUACCUGGCAGCGAAGGGCAAGGAGUGGCCGAUGUCCUGUUUGGGGACUUUGGAUUCAUUGGGAAGCUUCCGAGGACAUGGUUCAAGAGUGUGGAUCAACUGCCAAUGAACCUUGGUGAUGCGCAUUACGAUCCACUCUUCCCCUUCGACUUCGGGCUCAAGACAGGGGCCUCCAAUGGCUCCGUUGAAAGGUCGACAUCAGAUGGUGCUGUUCCUCGGCCAUGCGUACUUGCGCUUCUGGUUUCUGCGGUUGUCUGUUUCUGGGUAUCGAAUGUUGCGUCAUCCUUGGGCUUCAGAUGAAGGGAGAUGAAGACAGUACAAGUAUUGAAGUUGUUUUGAGUGAGAGUCAAGGAAGGUCGGUGGAUGGGCGGGACUUUUUUGAAGGAGCAGGACAGUUGAGAAUAGUGUACCGUAGGAUAAGUCGUCGGAUCACGUUACAUUACAUUUGAUUGCUUUACAUUACAUUUGCAAUCAACCAAACCAAAACAGGGCCUUUCUGGCAAGACACCUUGGCUUGGAGUUCACUUUCCUUUGAAGUUGGCCUUAUGGAGCCAGAAUUGACAUUUGCUAAAAAUGGCUGUGAUGCAAUCUGACGGUUUAUUAUUGAAACUCAAAAGAAACUAAAUACAAAGUUUCAAUUCAAGCCACCAAAUCAGGCUCCCACUAACCUGAAAGAUAGCAAACAACUUUCACUAACCAACUAAGCUGCUAAACACCUUGCAGCCUAAGACACGAUUUUAGACUCCAAUUGACCAAAUCGACAAAGCACUACACAGCAGCGCUUUAUUGAACAAAACGACACAACGGCAUUCUUCAACUUCAAAUUUGAAUCUUGUGCCAAACCACCUUCUUCCUCAGCAACCAAGGACCCGAGCCAGCCUCCAGUUCUUCUUCUUCUUCUUCCAAACAAGCAGCAGCUAGAUCAUUGUGUUGUUGCUGUUCGACCUCGGGGCUGGGCUAGGAAAGGCUUGAAAGUGAACAACACCCCAAUUGCCUCCACCACGUUCAGCACGAAGAACACCAUUUGGUUACCUGGAAGGAAGGUCGCAUCCUGACGCGUUUCACCCCAAGAAAAC